AUGCCAUCAUUCACCAGCGAACCUCAGCUCCUCCACAAUCACCAUCACCACAACAACAACCUCAACCACCGCCAAGUUGGCUCGUCAUCAUCUUCGUCCCACGACCAUUUGACUCGAAAAUCAUAUGACAAAUCCUCCAUAAGCAAUGCGUUUGUUUGGACCAGGGGGAAGUCUGCCAUCUUUGGGUUCUCUUGGCACCUCAAGAUCUGCCAUUUACCCUGCCGCUCGAGAGAGCUCCAAGUCGAGGAAUGGAAGUACCCUUUCCGUGGCCACGGAACCCGCGAGAGAAAAAAGGAGCGGGAGAAUGAUAUUUUGACUUCAACAUCCAAUGAUGGUCUCAUGAAUUCUCCCGCGGAUCACACUCAGUCGGAUUUGGAGUUGAAUGGAACUGUGGUAAUCCCUCACCCUCAGACGAAUGGGAUUUCAUCAAAACCCAGGUCUACUAGCCCCGAACCACUUGUGAACGGUCAUCGGCUCGCCUCCGAUAAUGCCCCUUCCACUGAAUCAAUUCCCCCUUCGUCUUUACCACCGAGGUUGGAUGGUGCUCUUCUCUCCCGACCCCAAGAAACGCCUUCUCAACCUAGCCAUCGCCAUUCCUCUCCUAGUGCCCCCAUUCGGGCCGACAAAGAUAUCCCCAUACCUCCACUCAGUCCUCGAUCACAGCGUCAUACCCUUCAAGUUCCUAAAUUCCAUAAUGGCCGGAAGAAUAGCCGCGACCUGUCCCCGCUACAUGUGGAUCCUUCCGAGGAUACCGUCUCUAGUGGGGACCGACUUGCUUCCCCGUCGGGAUUGCGACGGGCGUCCCUCAGCCUAGCCCGGAGAACUACUCGGUCACUCAAUUCAGAUCUUCAUCCCGACGAGCUUCCUCCAGAAGAAGAUGCUGCUCGAUGGGCGGAAAUGAUCAAACAGAGACGAGCUAGCAAGCGAAGGCGAAAAGAAGAAGAGGACGACGAUCGUGUUAUCGUCGGGACAAAAGUUGAUCAGAACCAUGUAAAUUGGGUUACAGCAUACAACAUGUUGACCGGAAUCCGGUUUACAGUUUCAAGAACCAACGCGAAAAUGGACCGCGAGCUUACCGAUGCCGAUUUUGAAACAAAACACAAAUUUUCUUUUGACAUAACUGGUAACGAAUUGACGCCCUCCGCCAAAUAUGAUUUCAAAUUCAAAGACUAUGCACCCUGGGUAUUCCGCCGUUUACGUGCGAAAUUCAAACUCGAUCCCGCAGACUACUUGGUGUCUUUAACGAGCAAGUAUAUCUUGUCUGAGUUGGGUUCUCCUGGUAAAAGCGGUAGUUUCUUUUACUUCUCUCGAGACUAUAAAUACAUCAUCAAAACCAUCCAUCACGCCGAACAUAAACUCCUUCGAAGAAUUUUGCGCGACUACUACGAACACAUCGAAAAGAACCCAAACACCCUAAUUUCCCAGUUUUACGGCCUCCACCGGGUUAAGAUGGCCUACGGUCGGAAAAUCCACUUUGUGGUGAUGAAUAAUUUGUUUCCGCCUCAUCGAGACAUACACCAAAUGUAUGAUCUUAAAGGCUCAACCGUUGGACGAGAUUUUCGAGAAGACGAUCUUGAGACAAACCCUAGAGCAACGUUGAAAGAUCUGAAUUGGAUUCGAAGAAGUCGCCGCCUUGAGUUCGGCCCUAUGAAACGUGAAAUUUUUGUAUCCCAACUUCGGAGGGACGUAUCGUUACUUCAGCGUCUAAAGAUCAUGGAUUAUUCGCUUUUGGUUGGUAUACAUGACGUGGAGAAGGGAAACGCUGAAAACGUUCGAGACAAAACUCUUCAAGUUUUCCAACCUGGUGGCGAACGGGGUGAUGAACAGCAGCCCAGUCUUCUCAUGAGAACACCUUCGAGGCUCGAAAACGCUCGAAAGGCAAGGGAACUCCGAGAAAUAAUUAAACGCGAAAAGCCGGUGCCGAUUCAACAAUCAGCGGCCCUGCCAGAUGAGAUACUAGACGAACGGAAAAAUCUCGCCUUUUAUUCCGAUGAUGGUGGCUUUCGAGCUACCCAUGAGAAUGGCCAACCGGGAGGAGAGAUAUACUAUCUCGGCGUCAUUGAUUGCUUGACACAUUAUGGCAUGGUUAAGAAGGCAGAACACUUCUGGAAAGGGCUUUCGCAUAAUCGAAAUCAAAUAUCCCCGAUACCUCCGCACUCGUAUGGGGAGCGAUUUCUCAAUUUUAUCAUUGGUAUCACCAUGUCUAAAGAAGAGGCUGAACGCGAGAGGCAAAGUAAAGAACAAGGCCAAAGAUCUAUGGAUGGUACAUCACUUUCUCAUACCCACCCACGUUCAGAAAUUGACCGGGUCAUGGAGAGGGCUGAACGAGAUGCGGCAAAAGCAGGCAGAAACCUCGCAACGGAUCCGGAACCGAACCCACACAUUUUAAGUACCAUCCAGGCCACUUCUAGCGAUAUGCCUGGCAUCACCUCCACUCUUCCCGUCGUUGAAGAGGUUGGGGAAGCUGGGAGUACCGGAAGUAAAGGUGGGAGAAAUAGCCCUAGCGAAACAAGUUACCAAAGGGAAAAAUCGCACGAGUACGAAAGGAACGAAGAAGUGAACGGAGAUGGUUGGAACCCAGAGUUUCGCACAGCUACCGGACCAUGCGGACCCCCUCCUCGAUUGCCCCCCCCGCCCCCUAAACCUGAAUCUCCAAAGUCUGUUGGAUAUGGAACUGGGAAAGCAUUGGCACGGGAGGGCAAGGUUGAGGCUAUGCGUUCAUUAGAAUUCAAGAGUCUCCCACCGAUACCCCGUGAUCUUCCGCGACCGCCUCCGUCGCCAUCACCCACUGAUCAUUCCCGCAUUUGAUUAUGUUUCUCCCUCUCUAUUUUUCUUAGUUUCUCUUUCUUGUCUUAAUAGAGAUUUCAUUUAAUUUUUUGUCUGCCCGCAGGUCGAACCCUUGUGGGCCUUGUUGUUAGCAAAGCCUCAUAAUAUUCCCACACACACGCACGCACAAGCAUUCUCCUUUCCUUUUGUUUUUCCUUGUUGUUUUUUCCCCUUGCCUCUCGUCUAUCCAUUUUGUUUGGGAGAAAUAAGUAUGAGUGGUUUUAAAACCUCUUUAUUUCCGUCCCUCUUUUUGUUUGUCUGCUAUUAUCUGCAAUACAGCUGACCCGCGACAAUCGUGGGCAUGUAUGUCUAGUGCUCCCUUCACAAAUUAUCGGAUUUUUUCCUUUUUG